AUUUAUAUAGCAUUAGGCUAGCUAUGAACCACUCUGUGCCUACCUAGCUAAAGCUUUCACCAAACAACUUCCUGCAGUAGCAGAUCAAAUGGCUACCGUACAACUCUUCUCAUUAUUCUUACUUUUCUUGAUCUUCUUCGUCCAUACAACAAGGGUUUCUUCCAUCUGCCCUACAUCAAACUGCCCCGUCGGACCGCCGGUCCGAUUCCCUUUCCGGCUUCGAAACCUCCAACCCUCACGAUGUGGGUACAAUCCAGGGUUUGACCUCUCGUGCAGCAACCAAACCCAGAUCACAACACUCAGCCUCCCACCCGCCACCGACAACUUCAUAGUCCAACGCAUCGAUUACGAGUUUCAAACGCUUUACAUCAACGACCCCAACCGCUGCCUCCCCAAACGGUUCCUAGACAACGUCUUCAAGCUCCAAGGCACGCCGUUUCACAUAGAAAGUUUCAAGAACCUCACCUUCCUCAACUGCUCCUCUCAGGCACGAACAAGCCAAGCGACGUCGUUACCCGUCAUGGCCGUGAGUAUUUCAUGUCUCAGCACUGAAAAUCACACGGUCUUUGCUGUUCCGUCGAGGGCGUAUGAAGAAUGGCUUCAGUCAACGUCAUCUUCGUCAACUUCGCCGUCACCGUCACCAUCACCGUCACCGUCAGAGGCUUUGUGUCCGGUGAUUUCGAGUGUUUUGGUUCCGAGUACAGCUGCUAAUGAGAUGCUGGAUAUGUUUGGGGAUGUGGGUGGUGUUGGGUUGACUUGGUCAACGCCUGAUUGUCGUGAUUGUGAAGCCCGCGGUGGAGAUUGUGGGUUUAGCGGAGAUACUGAUCGGGUUGUGUGCUCGAAUAUUCCUGUGGCUAAGAGGGAUGCUCUUCCAAGAAGUGCAAAAUAUGGCUUGAUCGUAGGUGUGGGAAUACCCGGACUCUUAUGCAUCAUUGGACUCGCAAGUUAUGUCUUCGGCAGGAUAAAGGCUUGCGGUCGUCGCCACCAACCAACUGUGGACCUCUCUACCUUAGCGUCUUGGCAACCUGCCUUCGUCACGGUAGGGCUUGAUGGCCCAACCAUUCAAUCGUACCCUAAGACUUUUCUCGGGGAGAGCAAGAGAUUGCCCAAGCCCAACGACAACACAUGCUCAAUAUGUCUAAGUGAGUACGAGGCCAAGGAAGCGUUGAGGACUAUACCAGAGUGUAACCAUUACUUCCAUGCUAGUUGCAUAGACGAGUGGCUUAAAAUGAAUGCAACAUGCCCCGUUUGUCGAAAUUCACCGGAGGGCUCAUCUCUUGCUACCCCUUCUUCCUUAGUGUCUUCAUCAACAUUUUCUUUAGCAUCACCAUAGAAUUUGAUGAUCUAUAUAUUUUUUUUCUUGUUAAAUUUUGUCAUAAUUUAGGUAUCGUUGUGAUUUGGGUUGUAUAUAUUAUGUUUGGCGUUGUGACAGAGGUGGUUAUUUGUUUUAUACUAAUACUCUAAAUACUAUAUGUGUGCUUUUAAUUAGUUGAUGAAUUAAACGAGGGUGGUUUAUUUGGUUUA